UCUCUCUCUCCGGCCAUGAGUGCGGAGGCGGCGGCAGUGGAGGUGGAGGAGGCCGUGGCCAGGCGCUACGAGGUCAAGCGGCGCCUCGGGAAGGGGGCCUACGGGAUCGUGUGGCGCGCGCGGGACCGCAAGACCGGCGCCGCCGUGGCCGUCAAGAAGAUCUUCGACGCCUUCCGCAACCGCACCGACGCCCAGAGGACCUUCCGAGAGAUCGCCUUCCUCCAGGAGUUCGGGGCACACCCCAACAUCAUCAAGCUCCUGAAUGUCAUCCGGGCGCAGAACAACAAGGACAUUUACCUGGUCUUUGAGUCCAUGGAGACGGACCUCCACGCUGUGAUCAAGAAGGGCAACCUGCUGAAGGACAUCCACAAGUGCUACAUCCUGUACCAGCUGCUGAAGGCCACCAAGUACAUCCAUUCGGGGGACGUCAUCCACAGGGACCAGAAGCCUUCCAACGUCCUGCUGGACGCCGACUGCUUUGUGAAGCUAUGCGACUUUGGGCUGGCCCGCUCCCUGCGCCAGGCCCACCACCCUCAAAGCAGCCCCCCGCUCACCGAGUACGUUGCCACCCGCUGGUACCGGGCCCCAGAGAUCCUGCUGGCCUCCCACAGCUACACCAAAGGGGUGGACAUGUGGAGCAUCGGCUGCAUCCUGGGGGAGAUGCUCCUGGGGAAGCCCCUCUUUCCCGGCUCCUCCACCAUCAACCAGAUUGAGCAGAUCCUGCGGGUGGUUCCUGCCCCCUCCCCAGAAGAUGUGGCCGCCUUCCAUUCGGACUACAGAGCGUCCAUCAUCAGCCGCUUGAGUGGCCAGCAGCGGGUGACCUUUGAGGAGCUCCUCCCGCCCUCCACGCCCCCGCAGGCCCUGGACCUUCUCAAGCGGCUCCUGGCCUUCAACCCUGAGAAGCGGCCGACGGCGGAAGAGGCGCUGGAGCACCCCUACGUGCGAAGGUUCCACUCUCUGGCCAGAGAGCCUUCCCUCCGCGGCAGCGUGGUCCUUCCCCUGGAUGACGACGUGCAGCUCUCCGUGGCCGAGUACCGCAAUAAGCUCUACGAGAUGAUCCUGGAGAAGAAGGCCCACAACCAGCGUCAGAAGCAGGAGCAGCUCCACCGCCCUCAGUCGCAGGAGGAGGAUCCUUGCCUGGCCCCCCCAGAGGCCCAGGAAGCCCCCAGAGCAAAAGCCACCUCCACUGCAGCAGCAUCCCAUGGAGGCCUGCCCAGGAACCGCUCUGCCCCGCUCCUUGUGCAGGCACGGCAGCAAGAGACAACGGCGGGCGCUGCGCUUGGGCGGAGAGGGAGGAGGCGGGGGUCCUGCCCCCCCGGGAGUGCCCAUCCCGCCCCCCAAGGCGUGCCGCACUACCUCGAGGGGGGUCUGCCGGCCCCCCGGCCCCCUUUCUCGCUCUCUGCGCAGGCCCACCAGCUGGCCCUCCACCAGCCUCUGAUGCGCAAGGAGCCCCCUCCGCCAGGGGAGAAUGCGAGGCGCUCCGAGUCUCUCGGCCGAGGGGCGGCCCCCCUCCCGAAGCAGCCUUGCAAGAAGCUCUUCCAGGGGACGGCCAACGUGGGCGCGGCAGGGGACCCCAAGGCCUGCCUGGGCAGCUACUCCCAGUCCUAUGGCACCAUCUGCCAGUCCGCCCUCCAGGGCCUGACCCUGGCCAGGGUUUGCCCUCAGGGCGCUGGCCCAUAGCAUAGCGCCCAGCCAGCCCGGAGGAGUGGGGUGUCCCUCCCACACAAUGUGGCCUCUCCUUGGGGGGCAGGGGGGCGGCAGCCUCUUUGGCAGGAGAGAGGCAGGCAGCAAGCCAGAGGGGCUUCCGGGGGCUCUGGCCAGCUCAUGCCAGGGAAAGCCGCUGGUCCCGCCCUGCCGCUGCCCGUGCACAGGCCUUGGCUCUUGGAAGACUUCCAGCGGGUGCCUUCCUUGCUCUCUCUCUCUCUCUCUCUCUCUCUGCUGUGGAGGGCAAGGGCCGGGCUGUGCCUCCUCCCCCUCGUCCUCCUUCUCUGGAGGGCAGGGUUGGGCCACCUUGCCCAGGCAGGCUCCAUCGGUGCAGAGAACGGCCAGGAUUUUGGGAUCAACCCCCUUUGGUGCCGGCAAUGCCCGGGUUCGAUCUUUUGUAACAAGAACAAUAAAACAGGAUUCAUGUUUGGGA